CGUAAUCGUGGUUAAAGCAGUCCAUUAAAAUUAAAAAACUAACGAAUUUCACUCUCACUUUUCAGUCAGUUUACUCAACAGCAUCAUAAGUCACAACAGAAAGUAUUUCCGACGCACGAACUGCUGGUUCUUUUUGAGUAGCAAAUUCUCGUUUUUUUGCCCAGAAAAAUUAAUGAGAUUUGUAUUAAAAAUGGAUGAGCCUCUGAGAACAGCUGAUAGCCUGAUACGGUACAAACUAUAAAUGCUAUCUUAUGUGGAUAGCCUGGGAGCCUCUGCUCGUAGUGUGGCAGUGAAAUUCUGUUCCAAUACUGGUGCGCGCAUACGUAAUAAGAAUCUGUAGAAGAUAUUUUCAAGUGAUCGCUUACAAUAUUAUCAUCUCGAGGUGGAGUUGUUGGAUCGUUGUCACAGUUUGUUUUGAUUUGUUUGUGGGAAAUCACUGUUUUCUGAAAGACUGCUAACUGUGAAGCCAUACAUGAUAUGUUUCCAGUAUCAGUAAUGUGUAUAUGGUUAUAAGUGGCACUGCCUGUUGUAACCUGAAGUUUUGUUGCUCGAAAUUCUCGAAUGGUUAUGGAAUGUGGAUGGAUGAGAUGGGUUUCGAACAUCUUGGAAGGCUCUGAUGCACUGGGAUGAUAAGAUGCUCUAGGUUCCUUUCAGUCUGUGGCCAUAUUGGGCGCUAGUAGGUUACUGUAUCCUGCAGCCAUGUUUAACCCGCGCUGGUGGUCUGGCAGCAAGGAGAAAAGGCCUUCGUCUCCCGGACGAGCGUCCCCUGGUGAUCUCAGCCGAGCGGAGAAGAUUAUCAGUGCUUACCGAUCCAGCCCCAGUGGCAAAGGCGAAUCACCAACGGGAGAUUCUCAGUUCUCCGCCGAACGAUUGCGGGUCCUGUACAAUCAAGUAGCGGGCGAAUCCUCAGUAACGGAUACGAACUCAGCCGAGAUUGUAGCUGCUUUACGGAGUAUAUCGGAAAUUCUCAUUUGGGGUGAUAAAAAUGAUCCUUCCGUUUUCGAAGUAUUCUUGGAGAAGCGCAUGCUGGCGUACUUCGUUUGCAUCUUGCAACAGUGUGCGGAAGUGUUUUCCGACCACCAGAACGGACAAGGGAGUCGCAAUAAUUCGCCAGCACCUUCCAUCAUAAAUACUACAAGUAAAGUACGGGGAAUACUCACUUCUCGCAAUACUGCCAGCGACCACGACAGCCGAAGCGUGGGCAUGCUCAGCGUUAAAUCCGCUCACCACGUCUGCACCCAAGUGAUGCAAGUGCUCCAUAUUUUGUUUGAGAAUAUCUCCCAGGAUACGUCGCUGUACUUUCUCCUGUCCAACAAUUUUAUUAACCAGAUUAUUGAGUGUGUUUAUGAUUUCACUGAUGAUGAGAUUCUAGCGCACUAUGUUUCUCUUAUGAAAAUUUUAUCGGCCAAGUUGAACGCGGAUACUAUCCAUUUUUUCUACAUGGAGGAUUUGACAGCGGUGGACAAGAAUGAUUUUCCCCUCUUUGAUAAAGCCCUGGCGCUGUUCACGCAUUCCGAAUCUAUGGUACGAAUCGCGGCAAGAACGGUAGUACUGAACGUCCUGAGGGUUAAAAGUCGAAAGGCAGCUGAUAAGAGUUUUGUUGAAAACCCGGCGAUUCCCGCGAAACUCAUGACUCUUCUUUGUUCCCUUAUGAAGUCUCAGGCUGAACAGAUGCACUCCUGUUUAGCGCAGCGUCUUUUGGAUGGGUUUCCAGAUUUGCUUCCCCACCGUGAUACAACCAGCGAAAACGUCGACGAUUUAUCAUUGCUUCGACAAAAGAUGAUCAGCGCAUGGCUGGACCACCAGAAAAGGUCGGAUCGGUAUAAGGAUAUUUAUAGUGAUCAUGAAAGCUACCUGCAGUACAUAAACGAUCUUAUGGAUUUGAAUGUGGAACCGCUAAAGUCAUGCUUGACGCAGUCUUUCAGAGAAGGAUACCUUCUGCCGUAUGUUGUCAAUCCAAUCUGUAACAAUGUCGCCCAGCUGGCCGCUUCCGACCCGGAACUGGAUUCCAAGGAACUGUGUGCCUCCCUUCUGACUUCCUUGCUGCUGCUCAAUGUGACUAUUAUAAAUGUUUUGGAUUUCGAAUUGAUAUUUCCGGCCGUGCAGACGGAUGAUUUACUGCUCGCCCUCCUGCGUUGCUUGAGAGUGUUCGAUAACGAUGAGGCAUUGCCGCAGGACGACCGAAUCCCGCUGUUAGCCCUUUCUUUCUGCAUCACGUUGCAGCAGCAGUUGAGCGCAGCACGAAGUCGUGUUGUUCCAGCCAAAGUCGAAGACUUCGUAAAACAUCAUCUCCUGAAAGCUGCGAUGCAGCUCAUUCACCACAUCCCCCGUGCAGGAUUCGUUGUGUGUCGGGCUAUUGUUAUGCGAUUGGCAUGCAAUCUGGUGGACAACAUUAUCAAGACUGAUUCGAUGGGCAGCUUGGACGAUCACUAUGUGGCAACUCUCUUGGACGCCAAAGAACAGACAUGUUUAUAUUUGCAGCCGUUUAGUAAAAACGAUAACCAGUUCAUACACCUCGUGGAGUUAGAAUUUUACGCACAACAGCAGCAGAAGUCGAUACAGGUUGAUCGCUUCCUCGAGAGAGAAUUCGUGGCCAUUUUUGCCUUUUGUCCGAAUCCAACACGACCAUCAACUGUACAGACGCACUCAGUUGUCGUUGGAAAUACUGGCACACCAAGAAACUCCAACGAGGAAAGGGGCUUCCCCGAUCUGUGUAAACGUUGGCCGUUAAAUGCUGAUGAAGAAGGCCGAUUUUAUUUAAGACUGCACUUCCUCCUGCGUCGACUAUGUAAAAUGCAAAAAUCGCUCUCCCAGUCUUCCCUGCCGAAUGCGGAAUCGGAUCCAGAUGUGAAGAAUUCGUCUAGUAAUAGCUCCUUGGGAAUUCAUUCAGAAAUGCCGGUUCCUAUGGGUUCUCUGCAAGUUGGUGAUGUUGUUGAUAUAAGUAGCUGUGAUACGAUAAUCGGAUGCCAGAUGAUUCCCUUUCACACCCACUUGGCCAGUAAGCCGACCAGUAGGUCGCCUACAUCCGCCGCGCCCACUUACCGGCCACCCCAGCAAUUGCUAUGUCCGUCGGAUGAGGAGAAAUGGGUGAAGCGAUUCCUCAUCAUUCACCAAUGGCAAAUGCUGUUUGUGGAACCCGAUAGCCGGAGAGUGGGAUUUGCGGUUGUGAAGGAGACGUUUGUACUGCCGAAUGUACAAAUGUUAACGGAAAAGGAACAGCGCGAAAGAAUCGUUUGCUGCUGUGCACUUGCCCUUAAUACAAAUCACAGGAAUCACGAUGUGAACGCACUUGUUGGCACUGAUGCGAAGAUCAUGGUCAAGUCAAUCUUUUUGCAAGUUCAGCAGCAAAUACCACAACUCGUCAAAGCGGCUCCUAAUGACGCCCCAUGGAACAUGGAGCCGCAUUUAGAAGCCUGCGUUAGGAUUAUGUUUGAUGAUUCAAUUCGGGCUUUGGCGGCCUCCACGCGAAUAAAAAAGAAUCAGGAACGCAUUCGUGAGCUGAAGCUCGGUGCUAUUACGACGCUUUUGGACAUGGCUGUAGAUGUUGGGCAUCAGUCUAGCAAUAAUUCUGAUGAAAAAAAGGACCCUCCGAAAACUGUAAUUUCGUCCCAUCAUCGCCAGGCUCAUGCAGGGCAAGUAAGGCAUUCCGGGAAACCCGGUGGAACGGCACGGAGACAUCCCAUUAUGAUUAAUACGCCAGCCAGUGCAGCGUCCAGAUCACAUUCCCAAGAAGUCACCAGUUCCGUGCCGAAGACAUCUUCUAAAUCGGUUUCGCGGGAACGAACGGCGCCUAGAUCCGGUCGAGAAGGGAAACCGGCUCCGGGAAUAAGUAUUCCCAUGACUCGCUUAGAUACCGUAACUCAGUCUGGUUUUAUUGAAAGAGUGGAACCUCAGUAAAGGUUUUCCGUUGAUAUUUUUAUGCUCUGUGAGACGUUGGGGAAGUUUUACCGGUGGUUGUUGAUGAAUUCUGUUGGUCGUGAUUUAUCGAUUAGAGGUGAUGGCUACAUGGCAUCUGACUUCGAUUUUUUAGAAAGAAAUAUUUGGAUGUAAAAAGGAAUCUCGUUAGCAGAUUGCAUUUGAUAGGUUACCGACUUACCUGAUGGCUUACACGCUGAAAGUUGUAAGAGAGAAGAUUACUUACUGUUAUUUUGCCCUUAUCCUGUGUUGUAUGAAGUUUUUUUAUCGUGAUUUCAUUGUAAAAAAACGACUUUGUGCCGUAUUGACUACAGUUUGUGUAAGUACU